GACACACCAGAGCCUUUGCAAACAGUCAUCCGUGGAACCAUUCCUCACUGGAUCAAGGGCAACCUCCUAAGGAAUGGGCCAGGGAAGUUUGAAAUCGGACAACACAAACUAAACCACUGGUUUGACGGCAUGGCUCUGCUGCACCAGUUUAAGAUUGAGGAUGGGCAGGUGAGCUACAGGAGCCGUUUCCUGUCCAGCGACUGCUACAAGGCCAACACGGAGAGCAAGCGCAUUAUGGUUUCCGAGUUUGGCACGGUGGCCAUGCCCGAUCCCUGCAAGAACUUCUUCCAGCGAUUCCUCUCACGCUUUGAACUGCCAAGUAAGAAGCAAUUCCCGACAGACAACACCAGUGUGAGUUUUGUCCAGUACAAGGGCGAUUACUACACCAGCACUGAAACUAACUUCAUGCACAAAAUCAAUCCGGAGACACUGGAGGCCACUGAAAAGGUGGACUGGAGCAAGUUCAUAGCGGUCAAUGGAGCCACGGCUCACCCACACACAGACCCAGACGGCACCACCUACAACAUGGGCAAUUCUUACACCGCAAAAGGAGCAUUUUACAACAUCAUCUGCGUGCCUCCUGAGAAACACUGCUCAGCAGACACUCUAGAGGGCGCCAAAGUAAUCUGCAGCAUCCCCUCUGCCGACAGCAAGAGGCCGUCCUAUUACCACAGCUUUGCGAUGACUGAGAACCAUGUGGUGUUCAUUGAGCAGCCCAUUAAGAUGGACCUGUUGAAAGUCGUCACCAGUAAGCUGAUGGGCAAAGCCAUCAGCGAUGCCGUCUACUGGGAUCCUACACACGACACCAUCUUUCAUAUCAUUAACAAGCACACUGGCGAGUUAAGCCAGGUCCAGUACCACACGGCACCGCUGUCCACCUUCCACCAGAUCAACGCCUUCGAGGAGGACGGCUUCCUCGUGAUGGACAUGUGCUGCUCUGAUGACGGACAGGCCAUCAACAACUACAUGGUGCACAACUUGCGCCAGUCAGGAGAGGCCCUGGACCAGGUUUACAACACAAUGUGCCGAGUGUUCCCCAGAAGAUUCGUGCUGCCUCUCCAUGUGAACAGUGAGACCCCUUGUGGAGAGAACCUGAACAGCAGGCCGCUCAGCACAGCCACAGCAAUCAAGAGUGACACCAAUCGAGUUGACUGCACACAUGAAAACCUGCACGGGGAUGAGCUUUAUGAGUAUGGCGGACUGGAGUUCCCACAGAUCAACUAUGCCAAGUACAACACCCACCCCUACCGCUACUAUUACGGAUGCGGCUUCAGGCACCUAGUGGGAGACUCACUCAUCAAGAUGGAUCUGCAAGGCAAAAAGAUGAAAGUGUGGGAGCAGCCUGGUUUCUACCCCUCUGAACCUGUCUAUGUGCCAACACCUGAUGCAACAGAGGAAGAUGAGGGGGUCAUUUUGUCAGUGGUUGUCACCCCAAAUGAGGACAAAGGCACGUUUCUGCUGGUAUUGGAUGCCAAGACGUUUGAGGAGCUGGGCAGGGCAGAGGUUCCCGUCAACAUCCCCUAUGGCUUCCACGGAACCUUCAACUCUACUGCCUAAAUGACUGGAAAUCAUCAACCACCUCUGACCUAUGCUUGGGGUUCUGAUGCAUCGGACCG